GACCAAUAAUAUCUGGGCACUGCAAAUUCCUCUAUCUUCCGGUGACGACCCUCUUUCUCUUCCGGAAAAUUCAGCGUGACCGACGUUUCGUGUCUGUUUAGACUUAAAAAUGCGUUACGUGGCCGCUUACCUCCUGGCUGUGCUCGGUGGCAACACCAGCCCCUCCUCCAAGGAUAUCAAGACCAUCCUGGGGAGUGUAGGAAUCGAGGCCGAUGAUGAGCGCCUAGACAAGGUUGUCAAAGAAUUGAAUGGAAAAGACAUCAAUGAAGUCAUGAACUCUGGUCUCUCUAAAUUGGCCUCCGUGCCAGCAGGUGGUGCUGUGGCGGCUCCUGCUGCUGCUGGGUCUGCUGCGGCUGGCGUUGCUCCUGCUGCUGCGGAAGAGAAAAAGGAGGAGAAAGAGGAAUCUGAAGAGGGAUCUGAUGAUGACAUGGGAUUCGGACUCUUUGAUUAAUCUUCCUUCCGUUAGAGGUUGAAAAACCAAUAAUAAAUGGAAAUCGUUACAAGAAAGCCACUAUCGUUCUUGUCUUAAAAAAAUAAAUAUAUCUUCAUUACUUUA